AUGAACUUAGACAAAAGUCUUACUCUUGUAGAGUUUGAAAAAAUUUCAGAUGCAACUCUUGAAUCCUUGACUGAAUAUUUUGACGAAUUGAUAGAAGAAGCUGUAGAAUUAGAAGAUUCAGAUGUUUCUUACGGAGACGGAGUACUGACCGUGAAAUUUGGCAAUCCAUAUGGCACAUACGUUAUAAAUAGGCAGACUCCAAACAGGCAAAUUUGGCUUUCUUCCCCAACGUCUGGACCAAAACGUUAUGAUUUUGUAAAGGGUAAAUGGGUCUAUAAAUACGAUGAGAAAACUUUACACGAGCUCUUAAAUAAUGAAAUAUCAGUUAUUGUAAAAAAGGAAGUAUCUUUUGACAAAUGUUUUUACAGUGGUAAAGAAUAG